UACAGUUGAAAUAAAUAGAAAACAUCGAUAAGCUCUCUCUCUCAAUUUGUCUUUUAUCGCUAUUGAAAAUUAUUUAAACAGCUGUUCGAGAGAGGAUGUUAUAACCGUAGACGGAAUUUUUGCAUGCCAAAUUUGAGCCAUUAAAAAAUUAUACUAAAAUGGAGAUUAAUCAAAGGGUGUCCACUAAAUUACUUGAUUUAAAUUUGGAUUGCAUGUUGCGAAUUCUGAGUUAUUGUUCUGAAGAAGAUUUGUUAAAUUUGUGUCGUGUUCACCAUCAUCUACGAAAUAUAAUCGACAAGCAUAUAUUCUACUUGAAAACACUGGAUGCACUUCUGUGUGGACAUCGGAAUUGUGAGCGUAUAAACAAAAGGUCACACUAUUUAUCAAUUUCCUAUGUAACUCGCUUUCACAUAGCGCGUAACUGGUUACAUGGACGAUAUAGGGAGUACGAGUAUUAUAAUCAUAUACAAAUGUUUCCUACCAAAAUACUUCUUGAGCGAGAUGUAUUAUAUGUAAGCCAUUUAGACUAUUUACGGUUAUACGGACGUGCUAAACACGAACCACUGCAACGUAGGUGCUUACAAGAAAUAUCUUCGGGUUCACGUGGAGAUAUAUCUAGUUUCGCCAAAAAGCAAGAUACAAUAUUUGCUGGGCGAGUUACGGGUAAUUGCUAUAUUUGGGAAGAUGGUAUAGUACAUGAACAACAAUUGCAUCGAGCCAAAGAAUAUUUACACUGUGUAGAUUUCGAAGAUGAAAUAUAUGCAACCAGUACAAAUGUUUGUGCAAAACUGUGGCGUCGCACAAACGAACUGGGUUUAGUUUAUUUAGAACCAUUCGCAGAGAUGUCGCAGGAAUUUAAAGUUUUAAAGUUAUCUGAAGGUGGCGAACGUUUAUAUGGUGGUUUAUAUACCGAUGUAGAAAGAUAUGCGUUACGCGAAUUCGAUGUGGAAAGCGGCAAGGAGACCGUCUUAAACUCAAACACCCUUUCUAUAUAUGAUUUACUCAUUAAGGACGAGAAUGUGAUAUUCACAGGUAAUUUUGAUACCACUUGCCGUAUGUACGACCGUCGUUCCAAUCGCGAUGAAGCUAUAUUCGAAGAUCCUUUUGAUUCGUCGUUCUACUGCAUUGAAUAUGACGGUUUAUAUGGUGUUCUAUGUGGCGCCAAAUAUCACAGACGCGUCAAUUUAUAUGAUAUACGCAUGCCGAAUACAUACCAACAGUUGUACUUUCCAAGACGCAGUAAAAAGGCGAGAAAUCAAAGUUCGCCUGUAUAUAGCAUAGCCUGUGAUAAUCGUUAUCUCUUUAUUGCAACCGAUCAAAAUAUACGUGUAUUUGACUUUAAAGAGAAUUGUGCAGAAAGCCGGGAUUACCGAAAUAUAUUCGAUGACAAGCGUGUUUUUCGUACACUGCUAUAAUGUUCAUGUUUGAAAAUAAUCGUUUAUAACCUGUAUUUAAUACAAAUAUUGAAUUGAAAGUGUUUGUUGAUACCAAAAAUCUGUACUUUUAGUUUAUUGCUUUAAUAUUUUAUUUAUUUUUAUUACUGUUUGAGCCAAGUAUUCUUUGCCAUGUUAUUUUACCAGACUGAUUUACAACCAGUCCAUCAUUAUUUUUUUUAGUAUAUAAUUUAAUCAUAAAAAAAUAAUUGUUAGCGUCCUCUGCAACAAAAUGUUAAUGUUUAGAUAAAACUAGUUUUAAUUAUAAGCGGAUACUAAAAGACAAGUAGUGUUAAUUAAUUUAUUUAAGUAAUGCCAGACUUAAAGCAGCGUAAGCCCUCUAAACAUACUAAAUAUUGCUGUUUAAUAUACAUAUUUAUAAAAAUAGAAAAAUUAUAGAAUUUGAAUAAAGUUUAUGCCUUGCAAAAGAUUCUCAUAUGUAGUUCUAAACAAUAGAUUUUGAAAUUGUUUGUAAAUAAAUGAUAUGUAUAUAAAAACCACGAGACGUGAAUGUGCACUUACAUAUAUACGUAUAUAAAUUUGCUUUCAAAUGUUAAUAAAUGCAAACAAAUUUCCAAUUUAAUUUUCACGACUGUGUUUUAUUUCAUACAAAUACCAUAUUUAAUUUUUAUACUCUCGCAACAUGUUGCUACAGAGUAUAAUAGUUUUUUUAAUUUUAAAAAUGCUACAGUAAAUAGAAAAAAAAUUAAAGACAUACCCAACUACUUUUUUUCAACGAAUUUUGACAUUACAACAAUUUCGAAACCUUAUUUGAAGCACUUUUGUGCUUAUAUGUAUAUUCAUAUGUAUGUACAUAUAAUAAGAUCAAUUUACGAAAUAUUACAAUUUUUGUAAUUUUCAUAAUUUAUUCUUUGUGUAAUUUAUGUAUGUAUGUCGAAUAAAAAUAAAUUGUAAUUAAAAAAUUAUCUUAAAGUUUAACAAAACAAAAAAAAAAUAAUAAUAGUAAUAAUAGUUAAUUACUUCACAUUUAUAAUAUACAUAUAUUUUUUUCGUUCGGUUAAUGAAUGGUUCAAAUUUCAAGAUUUUUCAUACUCCUUUCUCUAAACAAAACCAGAUAUCGCGUACAAUACAUAUUUUUAUACCCUUAACGAGGUACAUUAGAAUAGGUUAGAAUAUUAAGUUUGCCUUGAAGCUUGUAAUAUCCAGAAGCAAAAUCCAUAAAAUAUAUAUAUAAAUGAUCAACAUAACGAGCUGAGUCGAUUCAGCGAUUUAUCUGCAUAUACGCGAGCUAGUACCUUCGUUUUUGAGAUAUCGAUCUAAAACUUUGCACACGAAAUUUUCUCUGCAAGAAACUGCCUAUUUGGCAGAUUCACCGAUAUCGGACCACUAAAGCAUGUAUAUAGCUAUCAUACAAACUGAACGAUAAAAAUCAAGUUUUUAUAUGAAAAACUUUUUUAUUUGACAAUAUAGCGUCACGAAAUAUGACAUGGAUUAUUGUCCAAGGAAAGUGCACAAUCGCCGAAAAACUUGUUCAGAUCGGAUCAUUAUUGCAUAUAGCCAUACAAACCGACUGAUCAAAAUCAAGUUCUUGUAUGAAAAACUUUUUUAUUUAUGAAGGGUUGCUUCGGUGCAACUGAAAUUAACGUAAAUUCUUAUUUUCUUAACAAUUAAAAAACAACAACUCAACCAAACAUACAUAUGUACAUAUAUAUGUUUAUGCCUGCCAUAAAUUUAAUGGGUUAGUCAGUGCAUAUCUCUUCUUUUAAUUGCUUAAUCACUACCUCAGUAAAUCAUAUAUACAAACAUACCAUAUUUAUAUUGUGUAUAAGUACACCACGAUAAUAAAGUCGAAAGCCAGACAAUUAGCAACAAACAGGGGGAAAAAGUAUUUUUAGACUUUAGACUAAUAAUAAUUCAUUAAAAUUAACA